UGGUGGCGAUAAUGUAACAUUAUAUUAAAUGCCAUCCGCCGUUAAGCACCGAAUAAUAAGAAGAAGUCAGUGGACAAGGGACCAGGAAGCUUUAGCCACAGCUAGCCAGCUAAGACCAACACCCUGAUAUCAAACAUGCUUGCUGAUGGUCAAUUUUUAAAUCUACGAAAUAGAUUUAAGAAAGACGCUGAACUUCUCAUGCAAGGGGUUUCAGCAGGUGACAGCAACGAAAAGAGUCAAGAAGAGAAAGAUGACAAACCACUUCCUCGGAUCAACCGCCAUUCCGUCUUCUGGAUUGUGGCUUCUGUCGGCUUGACUUACUAUUUCGACUUCCUCCGCGUCAUCACGGAGAAUGGCGAUAUCAGAAGCUGGUGGUUCAAUGUUGGUGUGAUACUGCUGGGAAUAUGCCUAGCUUUGGCCAUGUUUUGCAUCGUAUACCUGGAAUGGUUUAAGGGAAUACAGCACUAUGAUCAUGAGUACCCUGCGAUUCCUCCUAUCACCACAGCAGCCUUCCUCGCAGCAUCAUGCAGUUUUAAUAUAGCACUGUGGCCUGUGUGGUCGUUCCUCACCCCCGUCCUCCUGUUUACCCAGUUCAUGGGAGUUGUUAUGCUCAUAUCAAUGCUUGGGUGAGAUGUUAAGAAUUUGGCAGUACUUCACCACUGCAGACCACAUGUAACCACGCCAGCCCAGGACCUCCACAUUCGGCUUCUUCACCUGCGGGAUUGUCUGAGACCAGCCACCUAGACAACUGAUGAAACUGUGGAUUAUUUAUUUUUGUAAUAAAGCCCUUGUGUGGUGAAAACUCAUUCUGAUUGGGUGGGAGCUGGCUCCUCAAGUGUGUGGGCCGAUGCCCUCCCAGGCCCACCCGUAGCUGCACCCCUGCCCAGUCGUGAAAUCCAUCGAUUAGGGACACAUUUAUUUCAAUUGAAUGAUUUCCUUAUAUGAACUGUAACUCAGUAAAAUCGUUGAACUUGUACCAUGUUGCGUUCAUAUGUUUGUUCAGAGAGCUUAAGUUAUUAUUGGUACUUAAGUACCUACUUCGGAAUGCAAUUAUUUUUGUUUAUUUUACAGUACUAAAGCCUGUGAAUGACUACAGUUUGACUGACUUUUAAAAUUAAAAUAAAAAAAGUUUUACAUGCAUAUAUUAUAUUUAAGAAAUUAACAAAGCAUUAAGUGCUUUAAUAGUUUUUGUAUGUUUUUGAAUAAAUGUUUAGUUUUCUUUGAUUCAGAAAGCUAAUGUGUCUGCUUAAAUUCUGUAAAAUAUUUCUACAACUUUUUGUUAUAUAAGUGCAUUGUUGCUAAUGUCAACCUUGUUUUCCCCUAUUGUUGGCAAAAAGACUAACCUUAAGAAACAUUGAUAUGAACUUGAGUCUCUUUAUUUGGUAACAUUGUGUUUAUAAUGGGUCUGAACAAACUUCUUUCCCACCAGGUGUGUUUCCACCAAACUGAUUUAUUGUGGAUAAAAAUCAGUGCGUGUCAAGGUAGGCGUUAAAGUACAUUUUGUGUGCAUUAAGUGUUCAUAUAGGCUUACUGAACAAACAUCUAAAGUUCAAUGUGUUUCCAUCGCAUUUUCAAAUCUAGCGAUAGUUUUGUCACACAAAUGUGUGUUAAAUAGCAAAUACAGUGCAGGUAGGCCAGUCUACAUGAUGAAAUUAUUAUUUAUUAUUUUAUUUGUCGAAUUGCAGGCAAGCGUCCAUCAUCAUGUCACCAGAAUAAGACCCUCGAAAUGUAUUGGAAUGGAGCAUCAAGAUCACCAUGCACUUUCACCACCCAGUGAAGUUCAGAAUUAAUUCAAUCUGUAGCCUAAUAAACUGCAUGGUUUUCCGAGUCGUAGUGGGACGACCACACACCAUAUCAUCGCGUGACUCCCAAGUUUACCCUGAUAUGAUGGUUAUAUCAAUAAUUAGUUGAAAUACAUUUUACAGACAAAAAUAACCCACUAUGUCGAAAUAACAUCUGUGGCAUUUAUGAAAUUCCGUCACAGCUGUCCAGGUUUGUGUAUGUUAUACGGUAUGACUUUACUCGCAUAAAAACUGGAUGGAAACGUGGUUUGUAAUGUACAACUGUUGUUGGCCUUCAAUCGAAAACACUCAAACGUCAAUCCAAGGGAAAUGUCAAUAUAUAUCCCUAAUAUUUGGUUCAAUAUUUUUGGCAUACAAUGACAAAGGGAAGUUGGAACCCCACCAUGCAUGACCAACAAAAUAGUUUGGCAAGAUGAACUGAAGGCAAACGAUGAGCAAAAUGACUGCUUCCAAUCGAAGCUUAUUUCUCAAUUUUUUUCGCACAUAUUUGGUUACAGAUGUUGCUCUCUGGUUUUGUGAUGAAACAGGUGUGGUUGAAUUUAUUCUGACACUGUUUUCUCGGCCUCAUGGUGUAAAGGCAUAUGAACUAACAGGUUAUAAAGCAAAUGUCACACCUGUUCCAGCUCUCUCUCCAGCACUCGUCGCUGGUCUACUAACCCCCGGCCUUGGAAACCAUUAUUAUGCAUACCUGCUCCCCAUCAUUACGCACACCUGGACUUCAUCACCUUGAUUACCUUCCCUUUAUUUAGCCCUCAGUAGCCUCAGUCAUCAGGCAGUAUUGGUUUGUGUUCACGUUCAGUACGCGUCUCCUAUUUUUGUUUAUUUGUCUUUUUUAUCAAUAAAUACUCACCUUCUGCA